UAUGAGGAAGGUCCAACUGAGAUAAAGACACGGCCAGGAGUACACUCAGACUAGCUUGGAACAUUGAGUAGCUUUUUUUGUACCUCUUAUCAGGGUGUUUGACAGUUUGUUGAUAAUUGUGAGACCUCUGUUGUUUUGGAACAAGACUCUGCACACUGUUUCGGACUAGAAGGACAGACAGAGAGACACACAAAGCAAUAAACACACAGACAUUCAGUGUUGGAAGACAUGGGAGUUGAGGAGCAGAGAGCUGGGGAGUUUUACGUGGAGAGGGAUGUUAUGAACGAGCUUUGCUUGGACAAGUUGGCCAGAAGACGGACUCACUCCACCAGACCUCUCCUGAAGGAACGGGUGAAAGAUGCCCUCAGGUGUUCAGUGCCCAAGCUGAAGCAUUCUGUGCUGAGCUUUAUACCUAUCCUGUCAUGGCUGCCUCGUUACUCAGUGAGACAAGACGCACUGGGAGACCUCAUAUCUGGCAUAAGCGUUGGCAUCAUGCACCUGCCUAUGGGUUUGGCCUAUGCUCUGCUGGCCUCUGUGCCCCCAGUGUAUGGCCUCUACACUUCCUUCUACCCUGUACUCAUGUACUGCAUCUUUGGCACCUCCAGACACAUCUCCAUAGGCACAUUUGCUGUGACCAGCAUCAUGAUAGGCACCACGACAGAGAGGCUGGCCCCAAACAGUAACUUCAUGAUUCUAAAUGGAACCAAUGGGACUCAAGUUCUCGAUGUAGUAUCCCGUGAUGCCUUAAGAGUACAGAUAGCAGCCAGCACCACUUUUCUGAGUGGGAUCUUUCUGUUUCUGCUGGGCAUGAUUCGGUUUGGUUUUGUGGUGACGUUCCUGUCAGAUCCCCUGGUACGUGGUUACAUGACAGGAGCAGGUAUACAGGUGGUACUUUCCCAACUCCCAAGCCUCUUUGGGAUCCGCGUUGGACGCUUCUCCGGACCUCUGUCUCAGGUCUAUCUCCUAAUAGAUAUCUUUAGACAUCUGCCAGAGACCAACAUUGCGGCCGUGGUGGUAACUCUAGUGGCCUUGGCGGUCCUCAUAGUGGUCAAAGAACUCAACAUUUACUUUGAGAAGAAAAUGCCUGUGCCCGUUCCAAUAGAACUCAUAACGAUCAUAGUAGCAACACUUAUCUCUUACUACUGCAAACUGAGCAGCCUAUACAAAGUGGCCGUCAUCGGACAGAUCCCCAAAGGACUAAAGCCUCCCAGUUCACCUGACGUUAGUCUGUGGGGUUCUAUAGUUGGUGACGCAUUCGCAGUUGGCAUAGUGGGAUAUGCCGUUAACAUCUCCUUGGGCAAAAUCUUUGGCCAAAAACACGGCUACACUGUGGACAGCAACCAGGAGAUGGUGGCUGUUGGUCUCUGUAACAUAGUGGGAGGAUUCUUUCAAUGCCACGUUGUUGCUGCUUCUCCACCCCGUACCCUCCUCCAGGAUAGCACUGGGGGCAAGACACAGGUUGUGGGGAUGAUUUCUUCAGUACUUGUGCUGAUCUUCAUUCUGCAACUGGGGACACUGUUUGAGGAGCUACCCAAGGCUGUCCUGGCCUGUAUAGUGCUUGUGAACCUGAGAGGCCUUUUUAUGCAGUUUAAAGACAUUCCUGAACUCUGGAAGAGCAAUAAGUUUGACCUGCUGGUGUGGUUGGUAACUCUGGUGUGUACUAUCUUGCUGAACCUGGACCUCGGCCUAGCUGCAUCCAUCGGCUUCUCUAUGCUUAGUGUCAUCUUCAGAACACAACUGCCGAGGUACUCUAUCCUGGGGCAUGUUCCUGGGACUGAGCUCUACCUGGAUACAGAAACAUAUGAGGAGGCUAAAGAGAUACCAGGUAUCACCAUCUUCCGUUCCUCCACCACAAUGUACUAUACCAACGCUCAGCUAUACCUGGACGCACUGCAGGAGAAGAGUGGAAUUGACAUUGGAAUGCUGCUGAUGAAAAAGAAGAAAAGAGACACUGAAGAAAAGAGAAAAGACGAGAAAGAAAAAAACAAAGCCAAAAAAGAGUCAAAAAAGAAUGGUGUGAAUGGACGCCUACCCAACAAUACAGUCCAUCCAGAUGACAAGAAGGAUGAAGAGAAAGGUUCCCCAGACCUGAAAUUGAACCAGACAGCCAUUGCCCUAGUUGACCGACCCAUCAACGGACAGGUGAACUGGGGUUUUGAGCAGCAAGGUAACGGGUUCGACCAGGACUCUAAAACUGAUAUUCAUGGCGAUGAUCACAUGACCCAGAUGUCCAAGACCGGAAGAGAAGGAGAGAUGGGGAGGAGCUCCGUCAACAACACACACACCAUCAUCCUGGACCUAUCCACAGCCAACUUUGCCGACACGGCCACUGUGAAGACGCUGAAAAACAUAUUCCUAAACUACAGAAAGAUUGACAUUGACAUUUAUUUAACUGGAUGCCAAGUCUGUGUGGUGGAGCAGUUAUCGAGUGCAGGCUUCUUCUCUGAGUCCAUCCCUAAAAGCUGUCUGUUCACUACGAUCCACGACGCGGUGCUACACAGCCUCCGACUGCAUGGGGCCUCAGACAUACCGAUCAUCUACGAGUAUGCUCUGGACUUGACCUGCACUACCAAGAUGUAACCAACAGGGGUCACUUUGUUCCUCUUCCACUCCACCUCCCUUCCACUCCACCUUCAACUGCCUGGCUUCCCAUUGGUUCCCCUCACCUCUUUCCUCUCUGUGAAAGAGAAUGCACCACCGUGUGUGUUUUGCCGGUUGGACCAAGGCAGUUCCCCCUUCACGUUAUGUUAAAUAACUGAACACAAAAUACCUCCCCGAAAUAAAACUAUAAAACUCCCCAAUAUAUUUGUCAGCCACCAAAGAUGUGUCGUCUAGUCAGCAGUUCACUUCACCUCCCCAUCCUCCUCCCUCUCCCUAUUUAAUCCAUUCCUCCUAGGGCCAGUGUAUCCCAGACAGUAGUAUGUCCUGUACCUCAAGGGCCUUCUCCCAUAUAUAUAUAUAUA